UGGGCUCCUCUCCGUGCCUGCACAGGGUCGAGGAGGAGAGAGUCGGGGUCCUUCUCUCAGCCAGUGUGGUGCUGUGUCACCCCCAGCCAGGCACCAAGCAGCCGACCAGAGGUCUGAGGGCUCUGGUCGUGUCUAGCGGCUAAAGUCUGCCAGAGUGCUAUCGUCACAUGUCACUUUGCUUGUUAAAUAGGAACUACUAAAAUAUUUCUUAUUGUUAUAGGCUCUACGAGGACUUAUUGAAUACGUGAACAGACAAAUUACCCAGCUUUGUGAAAUUGUUUCAGAGAUGCAACAAUCUUCUAAUAAACUAAAAUGUGGAAAUCAUAGCACAUUGCCAGAGGAAAAUCAGGAAGCCCAGGCUUGGGCUGAGCCUCUGGGUGGAUUUCUUAAGCCCGAAGAUUAUCCUAAAUUCCAGCCGUCAGACUCCAAGGACAGUGCACUGCUUCCCAAAAUUGUCUCCACGUGUUCAUUACAUCUGUGUACCAAACCAGGUAGCACUGCUACCUCAUAUUUCAAAAAUACUACGACAGAACACGAAAAAGUCUUACCACCAGGAGAAACCACUCUGGCAAAUAACCAUGAUGUGAGGCAUUGCCCACCAUUACUGCAAAAUGAGAGCAUGAACCCACAUACUCCAUCAUCUUUCUGCAUUGUUUCCAAUUCUGCGAUGCCAGGAAGAGUAGAAACCACACUGCAAAGCAACAAUCCGGAGGCAACGAGUACCCCAACUCUAUUGAAGAAUGACAUUAACCAGUGCUCUGCACCUUCAUCUGCUGGUAUUUUACCUAAUUUUGGUGAGUUUCAGAUGAUGCUUGUUACAAGUAGCACUGUUGAAUCUGGACCCAUCAGUACCCUUAGCGUAAGCUGGUUGUAGCUCGUUUUCACAAUUACAUUUUUUAAGUGACUUGAGAUUCACAGGUAUAUGUCAGAAAUAAUACGAAGUGGU